AUGGAAUCCCAUCUUCCAACUCCCUACCAACCCCGUAGUUCGACGAUAUUGGAAUUCACCUUCGCCGUCUUGCAAUCUGUUGGAGCAGGAAGAAAAGAAUGCAUCAUCGUGUAUGGCCUAUUAUUUUAUCUUCUCAUCGUCCGGCCAUUGGUGUCGCCCUGCAUGGUCGUAUCAUGUCUCAAGGACACUAUCGAUGACAUCCACAUGCUCUUUGAUGAGCACCGCGAAGUCUUGAUUACAGAAGAGUUGAAACUGGCAGAAGAAAAUCUUGAAGCAUGGCAACGCGUUUCCGUCGCCAGCCCACGCUCUUUAUUGAUGUACGCAUCCAAAACGAAGGACACUUGGAAAAAGGCACACAACUAUCACAAGAACGCCGAUGAAUUGAAGACAAGGAUGCAGAACACGAGCGACUCUUUGCCGAACGUCGAAGAGCUUUUCGACACGAGCACGCAGGCCCAUCUCUCUUCAGGCGCUGGCAUUAGCGUCCGCGAUGCAUCGCAGGGAUCCACAAAGCAGCUUAAAGCAGGAAAUGCUCGGACUCUUGCUACUGCCCCGCUGAUCGACAUAUUGAAUAGGAUAAAACGUUCCGAGAUAUGCAGGGUCCUGCACAUAGAGUGGAAUCCAGAAUGCGGACAUUCCGCUGUCGCUCCGGCCAAAAAGCUGACUGAAAGACGGCACGAUAUCGUCAUGAACGAAAGACACGUACCAUCAGGUUCAUUGGAAGGAACGGAAGUUCCGCGACACUGGAUGGGAAUCGCGCCUGCGGUGUUUUGCCUUAGAGUCUAUACAUCCGGACGUAAAACGCUCGCCAUCAUCAUCAAUCUCAUGCUUUCCUUCGUCCUCCAGCUUCGCGUGCCUUCGCAUCUCUGA